AUUAGAGGGUGCUCCUUCAUAGGCAAUGGCCAGCAAAAUUGCUACAUACUCCUGGGGAUCAUCAAUUGAUGGUCAGCUGGGCAUCGGUAAUUGUGGCGGUCAGACCCGUCAAGAGGUGGCCAAAGAAGUUACCACCCUGUCCGGUCAGCGUGUCCAGAGCAUCGGCUGUGGGAAGCAUCAUACAGGGAUUGUCAUGGCGGAUGGGACAUUGUAUAUGUGUGGAGCCAAUAACAAAGGUCAGCUGGGCCAGGAUAGGAACCAAUUCAGACCAGUUCAGGUAUCAGCACUGGAAACAGUGGUCAUCAAGCAAGUAGCCUGUGGAGAUGACCACACCCUAGCUGUCUCUGAUAGGGGUCAAGUUCUAGGAUGGGGCCGGAAUGACCGUGGUCAGUGUGGCCUUGCAACAGGGGAUGUUGAGAACAAACCAAGGCCAAGAAUUCUAAAGCACCUUGCGUCAUAUCAGUUUGUAAAAGUCUGCUGUGGUUCACUUCAUUCUAUGGCGCUAACUCGAGAUGGCAGGCUCUUUGCAUGGGGUGACAACACCUAUGGUCAGCUGGGUAUUGGGUCAUUAGUGACCAACUACACUGACCGUCCAACCGAACUGACCUCUCUCCGUGGGGUACCCUUGGUGCGGGUAUCCUGCGGUGGCUAUCAUUCCUUUGCUCUAACCGUCUCAGGGUCUGUCUUUGGUUGGGGGAAGAAUGAUGUAGGGCAACUUGGUCUUGGUAAUAAAGAAAAUAAAUCUUAUCCAACAUUGCUCAGGAAUAUGCGUUCUCAGAUGGUGAAGCACAUAGCUUGUGGACAGGAACACACAGCCAUGCUUACUGCAGAUGGUGGUGUCUUCAUGUUUGGCCAGGGGUCAGAAGGUCAACUAGGUCAUGGGUCAAACUACAAUGAGGUCAAUCCAAGAAAGGUUAUUGACCUAAUGGGCAGUGACAUCACACAGUUGACUUGUGGAAAACACCAUACAUUAGUCUUGGAGGGUUCCAAAGGCAGGUUAUAUGCCUUUGGUCAAGGAAUUCAUGGUCAGUUAGGCCAGAAUGAAUCCAGGUCCUGUUCCAAUCCAUUAAGAGUUCCUGGUCUUUGGGUGCCACACGGCUCUAUAAAGGAACAGAGUGUUUCUAAAGGCUGUGUGGUUAAGUGUAUAUAUGCCGGCGGUCAUCACUGCUUUUGUACAGUUACAGAUGCUGCAGAAAAUCCAGAAUUGCCUCUAGACUUCAGGGAGUGUACCCCUCACCAGGAGCCCACAUGCCUGACAGAAGACCUUAUCAAAGAACUCUCAACUACUGUACCAAAUGUAUCGCCACCUCCUGAAGUUAGAAAAACAGCUGAGGUUGUUUUCUCAUCAGCAGCCUGUCUUAAUGCGUCUUUCCUUAAAGCGAACAAUGGUCAUUAUUGCUGUGGCAAGUCAAACCAUGGGGUGGACCUUGACACAGCUAGAACUGCCUUCCAACAUCUUGCUGAUAAGAACAUGAUCCUUGAAAUACUAGCUGGCAUCAUCAAUGCGAGCCUUGUACCAAGUCUUCCAGAAUCCCCUCCAGAUGUUGAAGCCCUGAGACUCUACCUAUUAUUAAUGGAAUGUCCCGUCCUCAGCAGGCCUCAGGAACGGUGGUGCAGACAUACCAUUUCACAAAUAGGGAGUGCCUUAUGUGGGUUGAAAGGAGCAGCUGCUAAAAUACUAGCUCACUGGUGGUCAAAACUUCAGCCGAGACAUCUAAACCGCAUUCUUACUGUACAUAAAGAUGGUAUUCAAGCUAUUCUGCAGGUCGGUUCGUUCAGACAACUCUGCCCUGAAGACCAGUCAUUCCUAGAUAUAUGCAUGAGGGUCCUAGAUAAACUCAGUAAGGUAAGCAACAAAUUCUUUGUCAUCUCCAGGGGGGGGGGGGGUGUCUCACAAAGAUUUAAGUAUGACUUAGAGUCGCACUUAAAUGUCUAGUUGUGUGUGUUAUAAAAGGCAUGACCGCAUUGGUCAGAUCAUGUCAAGAGGAUGCGCACUUCUGCGUAUUGAUCAAUAAUAUUGCGCUUUGCCUAUCGUGUAUGCGUCAUACUUAAAUUUGUGUGAUACACCCCCCAGGUUAUUAUGUUCUUGUUCCCAUAACAUCUAGUAGUAUCAGAUAUGCCAUUCUUCUGGUUUUUUUCUUGAUUUCAGGCCGUAACACCUUCCCAUGUCAGGCUUUUCAGGAUUUAUAUUGUACAGCACAUAUAGAACUUGAACAAUUGUUUGGCUUUCAUGCCCAGUGAGUAAAUGUGUGAUUAUAUUUACUUUCAUUGACAAGAGCCAUUCAUUCUGAUGCUACUUCUGGCUGAAAUAAUGUCACCAAAAAUUUUUGUAGAUAAAGAAAUUAAGACAAAUAAACACAAAGAAGUAC